GGCAAAACGGUCAAUAUGAUGCUCAAAAGCAUUUUUGGGUUAUUCUGCUGCGUGCAGGUCAUCUAUGCGGUCAGGUACCACAGGUUCAGUGGAGAGAGAGUCACUCCCAGUGAAUUGGAAGCGUACAGGGCCAACAACACUUUAGCGAAAUGUACUAUUGAUGUAACGCCUUGCAAAAAAUCGGAAAGACGUCGUCUUGAUGGAUCCUGCAACAGUCUUAAGAACCCAUCCAGAGGAACCGUCACUGUGCCUCACCACAGAGUCUUGCCCGCUGCCUACUACAAUGGCAACCAAGAAAGAAGAUCAGUGUCCGGCAAACCUUUGAAGCUGCCGAGAGAGAUUCGUACCUCUCUGCUGUGUGAAGGAAUUUCAGUCAACGAGCACUUGACCUCAGCCGUACCCGGCUUCGGAAUCUUCUCAUUCGGAGAUGUUGGAACCGUUCACGACAUCAAAUUCUUCAUGGACAACAAGACUGACUGUUGUACCGAAAAAGGACAGAAAGACUUCCUCUGCGCUCCCAAUCUUAUCCCUGAAGACGACCCUGUUCAUCGUUUCUCUGGCAUCCGUUGCAUGAACUUAACCAGGCCUCUGGACUUCCAGUACUUUGGAUGCACCAAGGACCCCGUCCCCGCACCCAUCGAAGAAGCUACAGCUGUCUACGACUUGUCUGCUAUUUACAUUAUCGAAGACAACGUAGGAGUUCCAGUCAGAACUAACAAGGGUGGUGAGCUUUUCGUAGAGGUUGACAACGGAAUCGUCUGGCCCCCAAGUGGAAAAGGAUACUGUCCCGCUACUCCCGCUAAGGCUGGACAGAAAUGUUUCGAAAACUACUCCAACGCUCUUCUCCCCGUCCAAAUGUUCGCUGUCUGGUUCGUGAGACACCACAACUACUUGGCUAAAAAUCUGGCUAAGGUCAACCCUACAUGGACCGAUGACCAAAUUUACUUCACCGCCAGGGACAUUAACAUCGCCUACGUCCAAGAAAUGCUGGUCUACCAAUUCCUGGCCACCUUAGUCGGAAAGGACGAUUUGGUGAAAUCUGGUUUAGCUUCCGAUGACACCGGUUUCAGGGAAACUUAUGACCCUUCAGCAUACCCUCAAAUCACUUUGGAGUUCGUUAUCAUCUACCGUUGGUUCCAUCUUAUCCAGAAUGGUGUCGCUAAAAUGUUAGACGGUGAAGGUAACUACGUCAGUGAACAUCGUGUAGUAAACUCAACAUUCAACGCCGGAUUCUUGGGAGAAGAUGACAACAUCGUUUACUUGACCCAAGGUCUUUUCAGACAAGAAGCUGCCAAGGCCAACACUGGAGUUCACCCCGACAUGGCCGAACUUGGUUUACCUAACCUCCAACUCGCUACUGACAUCAUCACCAGUGACUUGCACAAGAACCGUUUGUUCGGUUUGAGACCAUACGUUGACUACGUCAAAUUCUGUUUUGAUGAAGAUGUUGAAACCUUCGAUGACCUUAAGAAGAGGAUUCCCGCUGACAAAGUUUCCAUUCUUCGUGACCUUUAUGAAGACCCCAAGGAUAUUGAUCUUAUGGCUGGUUUAUGGACUGAGAAGAUCGCUAAGAACGCACACAUUCCUCCUACUCUAGGUUGCUUGUUGAAGGACAGCAUCCACAGAACCAUCAAGGGAGACAGACAUUGGUACGAAAGGAGCAAGAGACCGCACGCCUUCACUUAUGAUCAACUCCAAGAAAUCAGAAAGGCUUCGUUAGCUAACUUGUUGUGCGCUGUCGGCGACAAAGUUGAGAAAGUACAAAAGAACGCUUUCCUUCAAAUCAGCAAGAAGAACCCCUUGGUCAGCUGCAAAGAGAUCCCCAAGAUCAACUUCAAGAAAUGGGCCCAGAAAUGCUAGUCAACCAACAACGAUAUGAAACAAAAGAGUCACUGCUCUAGUAGCAGUUUGAACGUGCAAAAUUAAUUUGAAAACAUCUUCAAAAUUUGGUCGAUCUUUGAAUAUACUAGGCAAUAAAUAUGGCUUUCAAUAUUGUUGUUUUUCGUCUGAAAUAAAUUUAUUCAACUAA